UUGUACUGUCGUAAACCAAAUCCAAUCUGUCUAUUGUCUUCUUAUUCAAUACUACAAACAUGAGUUCUCCUACCAACACUAGAAAAUUCGCAGUGGUUUCCUCUCGCUCCACGACUCGCUCCACGACGGUGCAGACAACCCGACGUAAAAUCAACCCAUUGUUCGAAGGGUGUUCUCCUAAAAGAGUACUGGUGAUCACAACACUUGACAAGACACUUCUCCACAAUUACCAAGGCGCCCAAGUUAUUACCAACUUGUUCUUUGCGCCCAGGCAACUAUUCCCGGAUAAUAUCGCCUCCAUAAUACAUGAAUAUGUGAACACACAUCCUUCCCCUAAGGAAGAAAAUGACGAUAAGGCUCCUUGGCAUGUGAGACAUGUACUACUCCCUUUCAACCUUCGAGAUCUGAAAAUUGAUAUCUUCGGAGGCGAGGCUUGUUCCCUUCUUUACGAUAUCUUCCCCGGAACCACGAAUGUCACCGAGGCUCGGUAUCGAUCUCAUCUGCUCUUCCAAGUCAAAAAAUUGCCUAGCGGCCCAUGGCCUCUAACGGUUGGCAACGUACCCAUUACUAUCCUGGCAGAGGGCUCGCAGGGCCGUGCCUUUAUGUUCCCUCAACAAAAUCUAGGAAACUUAUCCAUUUCUAUAUGCGAGGAAUAUCCGAUCGAUAAAUUCUCCGACAGAUUACUUCGUGAGUUAGCAGCAAGUGUUGAGUCUGAAUUCCGGAACAAGAUGCCCAAAAUCCAGAUCAUCGAAAUCAUGUUCACCUGCGAACGGACCUUCUACAUUGUUCUUCACGACAACAUAAUCAUGAGUUUCAUCAGGGCUAACUUGCCUGGCCGUAUCGCUAACUGCCCUGUCGGAUAUAUCUAUGAUCGCGACUUGCAUAGACCCUCAUGGACAGUCCCAUUGCCUGUACGACAUAUCCAGUCAGAACCAAGGGAAGGGAUCUUUGACAAUACCAUAUAUGACGCCCUGAGGCCCGGAGUUAUGAUUUGCAGUCAGAUGUUGGCGGAAGAUGGACGCCUGACCGUGUUCUCGACAACGUCAGGCGUCUUGGUCGGGAAUACUGUCGAUUCUCGAUAUAUGGUGGGAGCUUCCCAUGGAAUCGGCGAGGGUGCGCAUGUAUGGCAAGUGACACAAAAAGACAGGAUUAUUGGCCAUGUAGUCAUGGAUAUCCCCUUUACCGAUAUUAGCCUUUUGGGGCUAUGCGACGAUAUUGUGUAUGAGAAUGAAACAUUCGAGGAUAGUAGCGGUGCUGCUCCCACGUUUGUGCGCCUGGCAACUUCAGAGGACAUCUUUAAUUGGCCGCUUUGUCACCUCAAUAGCCCUUACAUUGGGAAAAUGGAGGGUAGUGAGGUAAUGAAGUCGGUCAAGCUCGAGGCGACAUCGACGGACCCCGCUGAGAACGAAUCGCGAUAUAUUGUGUACAAUUGGAACUACAUGGGACAGGAAGAAGGCAACGAGUAUAAAGUGCGCCCACCCAGUGGUACAAGCGGCUCGACCAUCUGGAACGACGAUGGUAUUAUCCUGGGCUUUUAUCAUUACUAUAUUGGAGAGGGACAGUGGAUGGGAUUUUCUCGUUCAGUGAGCGCCAGCGAAGUGGUUGAAGCGGGUUAUAAUUUAGUUAAACUACCUGAACAGCAACAGUAGAACGUGUACAGGUUCACGGAGGCUUCGGAGGAUAUUAUUAGAAGUACUUGGCAGUGAUCAGCCCUGGGGCUGUAGCAUUGAACGCUUCUAGAAAAAAAAUACAAGAUAAGGGUUAGGAAGAGAAGAUAUA